UGACUUUUGGAUUACACGCUUUAUAUGGGCCUAAGCCCUAACCGCCCGUGACGCUUUGCCCAAUAGUUGUUUGUUCAGCUCACGACGAGUGUUGGCAGUGGCAGCGGUGUGUCCCACGCGCCGAUGCUCCUCCCCCUCUGCAAUUUUCCGCUUCUCUUGGUCUCGGCCUUUAUCUCCGGGUUGGAAUCCCCGAUCAGGCCAAUUUUUGUUUAUUAUUUAUGUACCAGACAUUUAGCUAAAGGCUGAGUUGAUGCAGUUUGUGGUGGAGUGCUAAUUACUGUUUUGCAGCGCCGAAGCAUUGUUUUAUUUUGGCAUGGGUAUCUCGGAUUCAAAUGGUGAGAAAGCAGUAGUGCCAAAGGAAGAGAUCUUGGACUUUGAGUUAUCACCCAAUACCUUGUACUCAAGGCAUGUUGGGGGUGCCUCAGAUUCAAAUGGUGGGAAAGCAGUACUGCCAAAUCCAAAGGAAGAGAUCUUGGACUUCAAUUUUCCACCCAAUACCUUGUACUCAAGGCAUGUUGGGGACAAUGUUGCAAGUUCAUCUGGAACCAACAUAAGAUCAUUCUUUAUAGGAAUGGGAUUCUUACCGUCUCUUGUUGACAAAGCGGUUGAAGAAAAUGGUGAAGACAAUGUUGACUUGUUAUUGGAAACCCUCUUUGCAUAUUCUGCUCUUCAAAAGUCAAAUUCUGAAUCAUCGGAUUCUCUAGAUAGCUUGUUUGAUGACAAGGAAGAUAGCAGUCCUCCAGAAAUCCCAACAGUCAUUCAACCAAAAGAGGAGCCUGAUGCGUAUAGUGGAGUUGAAGAUGACAAAAGAGCAUCCUUACUGAUGAUGAAGUUCUCUGUAAAUGAGGUUGAUUUUGCAAUUGAUAAGCUUGGUGAAGAUGCUCCAAUAAAUGAGUUAGUGGACUUCAUUACUGCUGCCCAAAUUGCUCAAGAAUUUGAGAAGGACACAGAUGAUUCAAUUCAUGAUGAUGAAGUUAGAAAUGAGCAUACUAAUGAUGAAGCCUUGUUUGGGACUAUGGAGAAAACACUGCGAUUGCUUGAGAUGGGUUUCUCCGAGAAUGAAGUUUCAUUAGCAAUUGAGAAGUAUGGUAUAGAAGUUCCACUUUCGGAGCUUGCUGACUCCAUAUUUUCUGAUCAUGUUGCCAGUAGCUGUGUUGGAGGAAAUAAGUAUUCCUCAAAUACUUUUGGUACAGUAAAAGUGAAGACGGAGGAUUUUGGUCUAGGUACUGUUUCUCGUUCGGGAAAAAUCACUAUAGGAGAAACCUCUGUAUUAAAAAGGCCAAAACAAGAGUAUUUUGACGACUGUCCUGGUGCUGCUUCUCUGUCUAGGCAUGCUGAUUUUGGGGAAAGUAGUAAGAGGAAAAGACCAAAACAGGAGUACGUUGAUGACUCAAGCUCUUUUGCUGACACCACUGGGGUGGAAGAAAAGUUUGACCCAAAAAUCAGUUUCGGAAGGCCAAAUCCUUUUAAAGCAAAUCCGUCCAAGAGUCUUGAUCGAAUGGCAGCUAAACCUCCAUAUUUCUUUUAUGGAAACAUUGUGAAUGUAUCUCAUGACUCUUGGAUAAAAAUUUCACAGUUCUUGUAUUCAAUUGAGCCUGAAUUUGCUAAUGCUCAGUUGUUCUCGGCCUUGAUUAGAAAGGAAGGCUACAUACACAACCUUCCAACUGAGAAUAGGUUUCACAUCCUUCCAAGGUCUCCUAUGACCAUCGAAGAUGCUGUACCACAUACAAAGAAGUGGUGGCCAUCAUGGGAUACAAGGAAGCAGUUGAACUGCAUCAGCUCUGAAACUAAUGGAAUAUCUCAGCUUUGUGCUAGGCUUGGGAGGAUAGUAGCCGAUUCUCGAGGACUGCCAUCAUCUGAACAGCAGAGAGAUAUCAUUCAUCAUUGCAGGACAUCGAAUCUUGUAUGGGUUGGUCAGUAUAAACUGGCUCCUAUAGAGCCUGAACAUAUAGAGUGUAUGUUGGGCUACCCGUUAAAUCACACUCAAGCUGCUGAGAGUAGUUUAAUAGAAAGACUUACAUCACUCAAAUACGGCUUCCAGACAGACACAUUGGGCUAUCAUCUUUCAGCAUUGAAGUCAAUGUACCCAGAAGGAUUGACAAUGUUGUCUUUCUAUAGCGGAAUUGGUGGGGCAGAAGUUGCUUUAAACCGGCUUGGCAUCCACUUGAAAGGUGUUGUUUCUGUAGAGACUUCUGAAACAAAGAGGAAGAUUCUGAGAAGGUGGUGGCAAAGUAGCGGACAAACCGGGGAGUUGGUGCAGAUUGAAGACAUUCAGAGACUUACAAGUAACAGGAUAGAAAGUCUCUUCAAGAAUUUUGGCGGUUUUGACUUGGUCGUUUGUCAGAACCCAUGUGCUCACUUUUCAAGUUCUAAAAUGGCAGCAGAAGAUGACUCUCUCCCAGUUUUUGACUUCUCAUUGUUUUAUGAGUUCGUUCGUGUUCUGCAACGUGUAAGAAGUAUGAUGGAAAAAAAGAGGUGAGUAGUCGUAAUUAUUAUUUUUUUAUUUGCUACUGUGCUAUUGUCUGGUACAUCUAAUUCAUCAAUGACCAAUAGUACAGUUCUUAUAGAAGUCAAAUGAGAUGUUUAAUUCUAGCAAAAAAUAAAUGCAUCUUAAUUACUUUGGAUGGUA